AUGACUAAAAGCUCGGAAUUGAAAAAUACAGAAAAAAGACAAGAGGCAGAGGAUUUUAAUCGGGAGGAAUUGGGGAAGAAUAUCGAAAAGUUAAAGGAAUUAAAAAAAGCCGACGGUAAUAACGAAGAAGAGUUAGAGAAAUUAAAGGAAAAAAUAAAUUUGCGGGAAAUGUUCGAUAAAGUAGCCAAAAAAUUAGUUCCGCUGGCAUUGGGUCAUGACACCGGCGAUUCGAUUCGUCGUCCGGCUUCCUAUUGUGGAAUAGUUGGCUUUAAACCUUCUUAUGGCUUAAUUUCGCGGGCGGGAGUUAUUCCCAUGGCUUCCUCGUUAGAUACCAUUGGCAUUUUGGGUCGACAAGUAAAGGAUAUUAAACUGGCUUUUUCUACCAUCGCUCACCCCGACUCGGCGGAUUUAACCACUUGCUCCUAUAAAUCCCCUAUUUCUCCUUGUCGCUGGAAAAAAAACAUUGCCGUUAUCAAGGAUUUAGAAAAUUAUUUACCACCUGAAUUAACAACCUUAUAUCAUAAUAGUCUAAAAUCAUUAGUAAAGUCCGGCUACCAAAUUGAAAGGAUAACCAUACCGAAAAAACUCCGGGAUAACUUACAAAUUACUUAUCUUAUUCUCUGUUCGACCGAAUUAGUUAGUCAUCUCAAUUCGCUCCAAGGAAUAACUUAUGGCAUCCAAGAAAAUAUUAAUAUCACCCAAAAAAGAAGCCGAUAUUUAGGAACUAUAGUGAAACAACGCUUAUUAAUUGGGGCUUAUUUUCUGGAAAAUAAAGAAUUAUUAGAAAAAGCUCGAAAAAUGCGUUAUUUAGUUAACCAAUGA